AUGACACAGGGAACAAAGACAGGAGGUGACGGCCGGAAAACAGUAGAUGGUGGUGGCGGUGUCGACCGGAAAUCGACGGAGAACGGAGAACAGCUAUGGCGGUGGCUAAGUUUACAUAGUGCUAUUCGAGGCCCAGAGCUAGAUCCUUCGUCUGAUGAGUCACAAUAUCCUGUGCUAGAGCAUGUACCAAUACAGGCACCUAGUCAGGAUUUCUUCCGCCAGUUUAUGGCUGCAAUGAUGCCUCAACAGAGGAGUUUUAUUGAUGUUGUGAUGCGGCAUAACCUGCCAACAUAUUCUGGUUCCGUAGAGCCUAGAGUUCUAAAGUUCUGGGUUGAGAAGAUGGAAAAAAUAUUUCGUGUUGUUCAGGUUCCACCAGAUCAACGAGCCAAUAUCGGGGCUUAUUUUUUGGAAGGUCGAGCAAAUCGGUGGUGGUUAGGUGAGGAAGCUGCGGGAGUGGACCAAGUGGAUAUGACUUGGAAUGAGUUCAAAGCAAAAUUAAAAGCUAGGUGUAUACCGUCUCAUGUUCGAAAAGCAAAGAAGCAAGAGCUGUUGGACUUGAAGCAGGGUUCGAUGUCAGUCGAGGACUAUUUUGUAAAGUUCAAUGAGCUAGAGAAUAUGUUCCUUGACUACUUUUCCUGUGAGCGAGAUAGAGUUGAUCAUUUUGUAGAUGGGUUGCAGCAGAGGAUUCAAGAAGCUUUAGUUGUGUUGGAUAUCAGUUCGUUGUAUGAGGCUUACGAGCGUGCUUCUCGAUUCUAUCAGAAGCGGGAAGUCAGGCAGAAAGACAGUGAGAAGGAAAUGGGGCUAUGCGCAAGUGUGGUAACUGCAAGGGAGUUUCCAGAACUGAGAUUUAGGCCAUGGCAGCAGCCAUCUUCACAGUCACAGGGGAGAGGAUUAGGACCAUCAUGGCAAGGUGGUCGAAAUCAGUCACGUCUGUCAUCUAGGCAGCCAGGCAGAGGACCUGACCAGCGUGGCAGAAUAAAUGUUGUUACCCAAACAGAGGCUGAUCAUCACCCAGGUGAGGUUCUAACGGGUAGAUUUCUUGUUUGCGAUUUGUCAGCUCUUGUGUUAUUUGAUUCGGGUGCAACGUUCUCGUUCAUAUCUAAACAUUUGGUUAAAAGAUUGGGUCUGAAUUCAUCGGUAGAAGUGGUAGUGGAAAUUUUACUUCCAUCAGGAGAAAUACUGGAGUGCCGAGAACUCUAUAUGCAAAUUCCGGUUAGUAUUGGGGGAGUUGAUUUUGCUACUAACUUGUUGAGUAUGAAGUUAUCCAAGUUCGAUGUGAUAUUGGGGAUGGAUUGGUUAAUGGCAUAUCAAGCUCAAUUUGAUUGUCGAAAAAGAUCAAUUUUGUUGGUUGGAGCGAUGGGUGAACAAGUGAACUAUGCAGGAUCUGCAAGACAACCUUCUAUAAAGGUAAUUUCAUCCCUAUCAUUUCAAGCACUUAUUCGAAAGGGGUAUCCAGUGUAUCUGUGUGAGGUAAGAGAUUUGAAGCAAGGAGUGCAGCGAUUGAAAAAUAUUCCUGUGAUUCGAGAUUUUCCUGAUGUAUUUCCUGAUGAUAUUCCUGAUAAAAAGACAUAUGCAAAACAUUUGCGUGUGACACUAAAUACAUUGCGUGCGAGGAAGUUAUAUGCCAAGUUAUCCAAAUGUGAGUUUUGGUUGAAAAAGGUUGCUUUCUUGGGGCAUGUAGUUUCUGGUAAGGGUAUCUCAGUAGAUCCUUCUAAAUUUGAGACAAUCUCGGAUUGGCCAAGACCUACCAAUCUAUCAGAAAUAAGAAGCUUUUUGGGUUUGGCAGGAUAUUACCGAAGAUUCGUUCUUGAUUUUUUGAAGGUUGCGAAGCCAUUAACUAAUUUGCUGAAGAAGAACACAAUGAUUAAUUGGGAUCGUGAGUGUGAGUCCUCUUUCAUAGAAUUGAAACAUCGAUUAACUUCAGCACCAGUCUUGGCUUUACCAGUAGAGGGUGAGGAUUUUGAAGUUUAUAGUGAUGCUUCGAAAAGGGGAUUGGGAUGCGUCUUAAUGCAGAAUCAAAGAGUUAUUGCUUAUGUGUCACGACAACUAAAACCUCAUGAAGAGAAUUAUCCUACACAUGACUUGGAGAUGGCAGCAGUUGUGUUUGCUUUGAAGAUUUGGAGGCACUAUCUUUAUGGUGCCCAUUGUAAAAUGUUUAUUGACCAUCAGAGCAAAGCAAAUGUUGUAGCUGAUGCCUUGAGUCGAAAACCAAGGCAUAAGUUGGGCUCUGUGUCAGUUGCCGAUGAACUGUGUCAAGAUUUAGCACGGAUGGAAAUUGAAGUACUUGGACGGGGCAUGACGCGGGGAUAUUUGCAAAUGAUGCAAGACAUGAAGAAGGAUGUAGCCAAAUUUGUUGCACAAUGUUUAAACUGCCAAAAGGUGAAAGCAGAAUAUCAUAGACCAAUGGGGUUGUUACAACCUUUAGAAGUUCUGCUCUGGAAAUGGGAUUCUAUUGCAAUGGAUUUUGUGACAGGACUUCCAAGGGCGAAGUCGGGAACAUAUGCAAUUUGGGUGAUUAUAGAUAGAUUGACUAAGUCAGCAGUGUUCAUCCCAGUACGUAUGACUUGGAGCAUGCAGAAGUUGGCCAAAUUAUAUGUUCAUAAUGUGGUUAAACGACACGGUAUUCCUGAGGUAAUCAUAUCGGAUCGUGAUCCAUGUUUUCAAUCUCGAUUUUGGCAAAAAUUGAAAGAAGCCUUUGGUACUCAGUUGCAUAUGAGUACUGCAUUCCAUCUAAUGAAUGAUGGUCAAUCAGCGCGAACUAUCCGUAUUCUGGAAGAUAUGCUAAGAGCUUAUGCAAUAAAAUUUCAAGGAAGUUGGGAGGACCACUUGGAUUUAGUGGAAUUCUCAUAUAAUAAUAGUUAUCAAACAAGUAUUGUAAUGGCUCCUUUUGAAGCUCUUUAUGGACGAAGAUGCAGGACUCCUUUAAGUUGGGAUGACAUGAGUGAUCGACUGAUAUUAGGUCCAGAAAUGAUCGAAGAAUCAAAAAAUAAGAUUCGAGUUAUCAGGGAGAAGAUGAAGAUAGCUCAAGAUCGCCAAAAAAGUUAUACCGAUAAAGCCCGACGUGAAGGUCAAUUUCAAAGUGGAGAUUUCGUCCUGGUAAAAGUAUCUAUGAAAGGUAUUAGAAGGUUUGGAAUUAAAGGAAAAUUAAGUCCGCGCUUUGUUGGACCCUAUGAAAUCCUCGAUCGAGUUGGGAAUUGGGCUUAUCAGUUAGUACUUUCUAAUUCCAUGGAACGAAUUCAUAAUGUGUUCCAUGUAUCACAGCUUCGUAGGUAUGUCGCAGAUCCUUCUCAUAUUUUAUCUCCGGAUGAGUUAGAGUUAAAUGAGGAUCUUUUGUAUGAGGAAAUGCCUAUUUGGAUCAUGGACACAAAGGUUCAAACUACGAGGAACCGAGAUAUUCGUAUGAUGAAGGUAAUGUGGUUCCAGUAUGGAGCAGAAGAGGCCACGUGGGAAGUAGAACAAGAGAUGUUCAAAGCAUACCCACAUUUGUUUAAUUAA